AUGGAGCGGUUGCGGGACGUGCGGACGCAGCUGCAGGCGUGGGAGCGCGCGUUCUGGCGGCAGCACGGGCGGCGGCCGGGCCAGGAGGACGUGGUAGCGGCGCCCGAAGAGACACGCGCGCUCUACCGGGAGUACCGCGCUCUGAAGGAGACCCUGAGCCAGGCCGGCGGCGUCGGGUCCCGCGGCCCCGAGCAUUCGCUUCCGGCAGCAGCCGAGGAGAUGCCGGAGCCGAGCUGCUGGGGCUCCCACCUGAACCGGGCUGUAACCCAGAGUCCCCGUCCUACGCCGGGGCUGAGCGCUCGCCGGUCGGUGCAGGACUAUGGGAGGAGGCUGAAGGCAAAUCUAAAGGGUGCUCUGCAGGCUGGGCCAGCCCUGAGCCGCCUACCCCGGACUCCACAAAGACCCUCACCCACGGUGCCUUCCCGGGGCCCACCAGCUGCAGGGGCCGCCCCCGUGUCUCCUGACGAAGUCGGUGAGGUGCCCCCGCAGCUUCCCAGGCCCCAGCCGAGGCCCGGCCGGCUCCAGCAGCUGCGGGAGUCCCUGACCCUGCGGCUGGGCUCCCUAGACCCUGACUGGCUACAGCGAUGUCAAUACGGGACCCCAGAUUUUCUGGGGACUCCUGAGGCCGACCCGCCUGUCCUGGGCACAGAAGAGCCACAGCCCCCGACCUCAGGGGUCCCAUCUCUCCCUGGCCCCAGCACGGGCCUGGAGGCAGCUUUCCAGAGCCCAGAGGCUCUGGGUCUCCAGGCAGCCGGAGUCCGUGCAGGGAGUCCCCCGCCGGGCGGCAGCCAAGGCAAGAAGCGGAGGCGGAGUGCGGAGCCAGAGGGGACCCUUGCACAGUCCCAGAAGCACAGCGGCCGAGCGGCCCCCCCUCCUGAGGGAGCGGGGGCUGCGGGGCAUGCACAAGGGGGCCCAGGGGAGCCCCUGCAGGCACAGCCCCUGCACAGCCCGUCGGCCUCCAGUUGGGCCAGGGUGGUGAGGGCUGUAGGCGAGGCGCACCUGCGUGUCCCUUCUAGGCCAGCUGUGCAGGACAGGGGCAAUUACGUCCGGCUCAACAUGAAGCAGAAACGCUACGUUCGGGGCCUGGCCCUGCGUGGGCGGCUCCUCCGCAAGCAGGCCUGGAAGCAGAAGUGGAAGAAGAAAGGGGAAUGUUUUGGGGGUGGUCAGGCCAGAGCCACAGCCGCGGAUACUUGCUUUCGGUGUGGACGGUUCGGCCACUGGGCAUCCCAGUGUCCCCAACCUGCAGGUGAGGGAGAUGAAGAGCCUGCUGGACCUGAGUUGCUGGUGCCCACGGAGCAGCCUGCGGCCAGGCCACCCUGCCCACCCCAGACUGUGCCACCAUUCUACCUUCCAGGGCCCUUGGGGCAGGUGGCAGAGACGCCGGCUGAGGUGUUCCGGACCCUGGAGCAGCUGGGGCACCAAGCCUUCCGCCCUGGACAGGAGCGCGCAAUCAUGCGAGUCUUGUCUGGCCUGUCCACGCUGCUGGUGCUGCCCACGGGUGCCGGCAAGUCCCUGUGUUACCAGCUCCCUGCGCUGCUCUACGCCCGGCGAAGCCCCUGCCUCACGCUGGUCAUCUCCCCUCUCCUGUCGCUCAUGGACGACCAGGUGUCCGGCCUGCCCCCGGGCCUGAAGGCGGCCUGCAUGCACUCAGGCCUGACCAGGAAACAGCGGGACUCUGCCCUGCAGAAGGCACGCGCAGGCCAGGUGCAAGUGCUGAUGCUGUCGCCCGAGGCGCUGCUGGGUGGGGCUGGGGCCGCCGGCCUUGCCUGCCUCUCCCAACUGCCCCCGCUGGCCUUUGUCUGCGUCGACGAAGCCCACUGCCUCUCUCAGUGGUCCCACAACUUCCGGCCUUGCUAUCUGCGCGUCUGCAAGGUGCUUCGGGAACACCUGGGGGUGCGCUGCUUCCUGGGUCUCACAGCCACAGCCACACGUAGCACCACCCUCGACGUGGCCAGGCACCUGGGCGUGGCCGAGGAGGCUGUCCUCAGGGAACCAGUCACCAUCCCCACCAACCUGCACCUCUCCGUGUCCAUGGACAGGGACACAGACCAGGCUCUGGUGACACUGCUGCAGAGUGAACGUUUCUGCGCCCUGGACUCUGUCAUCGUUUAUUGCAAUAGACGAGAGGACACGGAACGUGUCUCUGCUCUGCUCCGCACCUGCCUGCCUGCGGCCAGGGCCUUGGGGCUUGGAGCGGGAGCCCAGGAGGCUGCGGCGGAAGCCUACCAUGCCGGCAUGCCCGGCCGGGAGCGGCGGCGGGUGCAGCGGGCCUUCAUGGAGGGCCGGCUGCGGGCGGUGGUGGCCACGGCGGCCUUCGGCAUGGGGCUGAACCGGCCGGAUGUCCGGGCCGUGCUGCACCUGGGGCUGCCCCCCAGCUUCGAGAGCUACGUGCAGGCCGUGGGCCGAGCCGGGCGGGACGGGCUGCCCGCCCACUGCCACCUCUUCCUGCGGCCCCAGGGCGAGGACCUUCGGGAGCUACGCAGGCACGUGCAUGCCAACGCCACCGACUUCCUUGCUGUGAAGAAGCUGGUGCAGCGCGUGUUCCCACCCUGCGCCUGUGCCCAGCGGCAGUCAGAGCAGAAAGGGGGCCAGAAGCACUUGGCCGAGCCACCCGGCCGUGAGCGCACAGCCCGGUGCCCGGGCCAUGAGCGGGCGAUCCCAGUGCAGCGAACAGUGCAGGCUCUGGACAUGCCUGAGGAGGUCAUUGAGACCUUGCUGUGCUAUUUGGAGCUGCACCCACAGCACUGGCUGGAGCUGCUGGCACCCACCUAUGCCUACUGCCACCUGCGAUGCCCGGAGGGCCCCACCCAGCUCCACGCCCUGGCCAGCAGGUGUCCGCCGCUAGCUGCGUGUUUGGCUCAGCGGCCACCUGAGAGCCCCGGCGGGGGAAGCAGUUCUGUGGAGUUUGACGUGGUCGAGCUGGCGGACUCGAUGGGCUGGGCGCUGUCCCCCGUGCGCAAGGCCCUCCGCCGGCUGCAGUGGGACCCAGAGCCCGGGACAGGUGGGCCGCGGGCCACAGGAGUGCUGGUGCGGUUCAGCGAGCUGGCCUUCCACCUGCACAGCCCCGGAGACCUGACGGCCCAGGAGAAGGACCAGAUCUGCGACUUCCUGUACGACCGAGUGCAGACCAGAGAGCAGGAGGCCCUGGCCUGCCUGCGCCUCCUGUCCCAGGCCUUUCGCAGCGUAGCCUUCCCCAGCUGCGGGCCUUGCCUGGAGCAGCCAGAUGAGGACCGAAGCACCAGGCUCAAGGCCUUGCUCAGUCACUACUUUGAGGAGGAGGGUCCAGGGCUCGCAGAGGAAGCACAGGGCCCAGAGCCUGGGCAGGCCAAGCUCCAGGACUGGGAGGAGCAGAUCCGCAGGGACGUCCGCCACUUCCUGUCCUCGUGGCCAGAGCAGCAGUUCUCAGGCAGGGCCGUGGCCCGCAUCUUCCAUGGCAUCGGAAGCCCCCGCUUUCCGGCCCAGGUGUAUGGGCGAGACCGGCGCUUUUGGAGGAAGUACCUGCACCUGAGCUUCCACGCCCUGAUGCACCUGGCCACAGAGGAGAUCCUGCUGUGGGGGCGCUGA